AUGGUUUUCUCUAAUAAACUUCAUUGCCUAUUGAUGUUUAUGAUCUCAUCUUUUACUCUUAUUAUUUUUGCAUCAGCAUUAGAUGUCUCAAACGUAGUGGCGGAUGCACGAACAUCACAAUCAGGCGAUGAUUCCAUCUUACCUUUAGCAAGAAAGCAUGUUGUAAUCCGCAACACCGUAGAGAACGGCCAAGUUCUGAAUGUACAUUGCAAAUCUAGUGAGGAUGAUUUGGGGAUGAUCCAUAUCCCUUGGAACCAAUAUUGGGAUUUCAGAUUUCAUGUUAACUUCUCGAAAACUACGAAGUAUCGUUGCCAUUUUACGUGGUAUGGAGGUGGAUCUCACUAUUUUGAUAUAUUUAAAGUAUCAAGAGACGAUACUCUAGCUG